UAUAAAUCCGGAAACCUCCACUCAGUCAGCGGGACAGUACGACGCAAAGACCUGGAGCACCGACAUCGUAUUUAGCCAGCUUGGAAUUCGAAUAUUGAACGCGUUUUUAACGUAUAUUAUCAUUUAGGGGACUAUCGCCGGUUUGAUAUUGGCUUGAAGGUAGUCAUGGUGCGAUAUAUCGCGUGUUUCACGUUCCUGGUGGCCUAUUUGUUUGUGGUGCCAAUGGACGCCUGGCAAGAGUGGCGAGGGAAUCUGGUGUCGUAUAGUGAGGAAAAGGUGACAACGUCGUCACUAUGCCUGUGUCGAUACCCGUGGGGAUGUUCCCUUUGGAUAGAGUACAAACGUACGGUUUGGGAAACGAAACAACGCUGUGCCAAUGGCUGGGAACACAAUGGAAACUUUAUAUGCGAUAAACCAAUUUGUUCGCCAAGAUGUCUAAACGGUGGCAGAUGCAUUGAACCAAACAUGUGUAAAUGUAACGAUCUUGCGAGGGGAACGUUCUGUGGGACAGAAAUCUGCUCACGUAACCACCCGUGUUAUCCCGGAGACUGCUACGAGGACUCGAAAUGUAACUGCACUGAAGGCUUUGACAAGACGACAACUUUUCCAUUGCCUUCAGAUCCCGGCUGCAUGAAAAUUGCUAACAACAACAAACCCUUUAUCGGAAGAUCAACCACAAUCAUAUCACACAUCCGGAACACGCGAGAGGAGCUUCUAUACUUCUUCCAGUUGGAUGCCACAGAUGAGGAUCCACAGAAACGAGUUGUCUGGAGUAACCAGCAGGUUUUCAACUACCUCUCAUUUCAGUUCGAAGCCCGAUACGUGGAACCGCAAACAAUGCCCGAAAGACCAACAUACGUGCAUGACUUCAAAUACGGAAUCGUAGGUGGAAAAGUGGAAGUCAAGGUGUUCGAUUUUAAAAAAGAGAGCGCUGGUCAGCGUGGGACCUACAGCUUCACAUGUCCUGGUAUCAGCGUGUCUAAUCCCACGCAACUCAUGAACUGUUCCAUCCCAGACAAACCCUUCAAGACGCUGAUCGAGCACGGAGACACCAUGGUAGUGAAACUGACGGCAUACAGCGGGGGCCAGCGCAAAAUUGUAUUACCUGAUGUCAAUGUCCGCCCUGAGAGCAUCAUUGGUACCGAGUACACGAAACAGAUGGAGUUCAAGUUUGACUUUGAGCCCGCUGUGCACUGUAGUAAGAACUCAACAUUCACCUGUCAGUAUAACGCAAAUGCCCUGAAGGUUACGUCAGAAUUCACCAAGACGCCGAUAGUGUUGGAAUGGAAGGGUUGGGUGGACACGGACAAUUACUCAGCGGGGGUGGGGGCAUACCGCCUGGAGCUACACCGGCUAGAGGUCAAGGACGAAACAUUGGAGCUCACGGAGGCUAACCCAACCUUGCCCCUCAUGGAGAAUCGCGUAAUCCAUACGGGGAAUACUAUGGUACAGAACUUGUUCAGUACCACAUUCACACCGCCAGAACCAGGCCUGUACAGCAUCGUGAUGGAGGUGACGGACAACGCCAACAAUUCCAUCUUCACUCGUCGGUUCGCCCUGUACGACAACGUAUCCAGCGUGACUACCAACCCUCUCAGUGUUCAUGGUCUACAUGCAACUUCCGCUGCAAAGGAAACCGGUUACCGCUGGCAGAUGGAAACUAAGUCGGUCAAACUGAACUGGACGGACUAUUUUGUGAACAAAGUUCAUCACGAAAAGAAGUUCCUGAACAAAAUCAAAAAGUUCCCUACUCUUUUUGACGACCUCGAAUCAAUUGGAAUCCGGAACGUGAAAAAGUUCGUGUUUGACUCUUACGAUGACACAGAGGGCAACAGGACAAUGGACGCUAUUCCUAACGUCAAUGGGAUUACGCGAUUCGAGUACGGUUACGUUGUAAACCAGGCCAGUGAGCAAGCCCCUACCGUGUGGAACACUGGUUUGACGCAGAACGUUGAUCUUCCAGUGUCAACCAAUCACGGUGACACUGUAACGUUAUGGGUUCGUGCGUUCGAUAUACUUGGCAACAUGUUGGAGAAGAAGACAACAGUUACUAUUGAUGUCACGCCACCGCAUAUCAUCUCCAAUCUAGCUGAAAACAAAACAUCUUCGUUCACGCCAAAUGCUGGAAAGACGGAUGGCGGCUAUUACUAUAGCAGUUACGAGUUUUACGCCCGAGAUAAAGAGAGCGGCGUAUACCAGAUAGAACUGGAUGUUAGCAUCACCAUGGCGGAUAUCGGCGAAGUUCGCAGAUUCCAGCAGGUGGUGAAUGGCAGCAUGGACAAGACCAAGUCGCCAUCUGACCCGGCCUGUGUACCGUCCAAAGACCCGGUCACCUGCUUCCUGGAACGACAGAAUGUCCGCUUGAACAACUGCUGGUUUCUGGUCCCGAAGAUGGACUACAGCAUCACAGCGGGAGCCAUUGUGACAGUCCGUGCCUUCAACCAGGCGCGACAACCGGUCUAUACACAGUUCCAGAUCAAACGGCUGAACUCAUUGAAAGGACUCGAAAUAUAUUCUGGGCCUGAGAACAUCCGGAUCACCAACAAGAGGCCAGACAGCUUCAGGAUCCAGUGGGACCUUCCUACAGUUCGUGGGUGCUACAAUAGUCAACCGAUCGUCAUAAAUAUAGCGUUCUUUAAUGGCACGCGGCCCAAUAAAUACUAUCUGACCAGCACCACGACCUUCCUGUAUGUCGCGGGUUUGACGCCCAACGCUGUGUAUAAGAUCUCCUUCUACACGCAACUGGGUAGUGAGACAGACGUGAGUAAGGCGUUCGCACAGAAAUACGUACAAACAGAUUAUUGCCCAGUCGGAAGUUACAGCGUUAACUGUUCCAAGCAAUGCUAUUGCCGUGAGGGCCCAUGCGACAUUUUUACGGGUUCCUGUGGACAUGAAGAAUGUAAAGACGGUUGGAAAGGAAUAGCGUGCAAUGAAAGCUGUUCACUUGGAAGUUUCAGCAACAACUGUUCUAAGCAAUGUCAUUGCCGUCUGGGCCCAUGCGACGGUGUUACGGGUGCAUGUGGAAAUGGGGACUGUAAAGAUGGAUGGACAGGAAUAGCGUGUAAUGAAAGCUGUUCACUUGGAAGUUUCAGCGAAAACUGUUCUAAGCAAUGUCAUUGCCGUCUGGGCCCAUGCGACGGUGUUACGGGUGCAUGUGGAAAUGGGGACUGUAAAGAUGGAUGGACAGGAAUAGCGUGUAAUGAAAGCUGUUCACUUGGAAGUUUCAGCGAAAACUGUUCUAAGCAAUGUCAUUGCCGUCUGGGCCCAUGCGACGGUGUUACGGGUGCAUGUGGAAAUGGGGACUGUAAAGAUGGAUGGACAGGAAUAGCGUGUAAUGAAAGCUGUUCACUUGGAAGUUUCAGCGAAAACUGUUCUAAGCAAUGUCAUUGCCGUCUGAGCCCAUGCGACGGUGUUACGGGUGCAUGUGGAAAUGGGGACUGUAAAGAUGGAUGGACAGGAAUAGCGUGUAAUGAAACCGAUGAAGAUUCAAAGCAAUCGUCUACAAGUAUAUGGAUUGCAACGACUUUGGGAUCAUGUGUGCUAAUAGUUGGCUUCACCACCACUGCUUGUUUGUGUAUCCGAAGGAAGAAACGGAAGAGGGCUCUAAACGCCGUUCAACAGAUUGAACUAAAAACGUCGGAUAUUCCACAAGAAUUGAGAGACAGCAACAGUGGUAAUUAUGAUGUCUUGCCCGACGACAAUAAUAUCGACAACAGCGGUAAUUAUGAUGUCUUGCCCGACCAAAUUAGUGACGACAACAGCGAUCACUAUGAUGUAUUGCCCGUCGACGGCCAUGACGACUUUGUCGUUCCGUAUGCAGUCGUCCCUUUCGACAUUACAGAGCGCGAGGCGACACCAAUGUACACGUCACCCCAGCAACAAAUGACGGAUGAUUAUCUGCACACUGGUUUGCGGGAAUCCAGCUCUAUGUUCUCAGCAUCAUCGUAUGUAUUGGGCCGAAUAGGUGAGAGCGAAACUUCAAUUCAGACACAGUCUGCAGUGACCGAAUAUCUAGACAAUGCCGCAACAUCGGAGACAAAGUACAUGGCGUCCGAAGAACUGAUAAUUGUCGCUAAAGAAACAACAACUAACGCAAGCGGCGAAACGCAGGCUGAUUACGAUGAAGGUGAGCAAAACUUUAAAGCGGAAACAAUUAACACUGACGCUAAACAGGAGAAAAAUGAAGACAGUGGGGAAACUAAUUACGCAGACCUAACAUUGUUGGAGAAUGACACACAAGAUUCGUUUGUUUGCUCGGCACGAAUGCAUCUACCAAUACCCCAGGCUUUUGGUUCAGGUUUUUGUAAGCAUCGCUAAAUACACUCAUAAGAACUGAUUUCCUUAAACGAGUUAAGGAACAUUGUUACUGGCAGUUAACAAACAACGUUUUCGAAUCAUCACUACGUGUUUAACACGCUAUGAUGGAAUCGACGAUCAUUGGUUCAAUUUUUGAAUUACAUGCUCUUCAACAUAUGAACAAACCAUACUCUUUAAAACAAGGUUGAUGGACGCCGACAGAUAAUAAAGAAAUUUACGUAAUUUAAUAAUAACGUUUAUCAUUUUGACACAAAGUAUCAUGCUGUUUGCCGAUAACAAAAAUUAUAAGAACCCUAUGAAAAUCCAAAAUGUGAUCUUACGAAUAUUUAAGAAGCACAACACAUCUUAUUUGUUAUGUUCGUAUUAUACAAAUAUCAAAGUUAAUAAUAUGGCGGAAAUAUUGAAGUCUUUUGAACAUAACAAUUUCAAAAUGCAAUGGCAUUCUUUCUAAUUUAAACUAUAUUUAGCCAUGCUUAUUUUCAAUGUUAAACUGGAAUGUUAAAAUGUUAGGCUAGACAUUAUAAUUAUUUUCUACAUUUCGUUUCAAGUUUAUUUCCGAUGUAAACAUGACUUGUUUUACUGUCAUUUUGUGUAAUGAAAUACUUUAAGCUCAAUUAUGUUGCCAUGUUUACUUCUUAGUUUAAAGAAGAAUUGUUGACUGUUAUGCUAUGUGUAUUUACAAACUUUUCAUAUGAUAGUGUAUUAUAUUAUAAAAAAGAUAUAUUUAAUGUUUUGACUUUGACGUAUAUCCAACAGUAACCUUUAACUAAUUGUAAUUGCUAAUUAACGUUAUGUGAUUAUUUUCAAAACUACACGAGGCCUGUUUUUAUGAAUGUAUAUAUACAGUAUAUGUUUUUACCAAAGAUAAUAAAAUAAUAUUAAUACUUUAUAUAACCUAGCGCAGUAGCACUGCACAAUUUACGCAAUGUACAUAGUUUUUGCAAUUUGCAUGCCCCGACGGGAGGAAUAUAGUUUUCACACUGUCCGUCAGUAAGUUUCGAAGUCCACUCUUCGACUAAACAAGUUUUAUCCGAUCAUACUACGCACUAAGAAAUGGUGACUUUAAUCUUGAAAUUAUUGCUCUUUUUAUACCUAUCGUUUGUACAGAUCAUAUCUCGAAAACAUUAAGAGGUAUCAAUUUGAAACAAAAUACAGAGGCAAGUCUAAUUAAGGGGAUGUGAUGUGCACACUGAAAGCUCCUUUCCUGUGUAAAGUUAUUGUCCGUUAUUUACACUUUCUCCCAUUUUUGUAGAGUUAUUGCCUUAUGAUAAUUUUCACUUAUAAUAGAUCCGGAUAAUUGCUCGAAAAGUCACAGCGUGUAAUAUAUGUAGCGGGAAGAUGUAAUGCUAUAGAGUGGGGGCUUUCGGUUAUUUCUGGCAAAUGUCUUGUCUUAUUUUGUUAAACGAGCGAAGCAAUCGUGUCUCGAACAUAUUUGUUCGAAUAUGAAGAAUUGUUCGCUGUAUAAUACAUUGUUGAAACCGCAAUUUUAGUCUCAAGCUUACUAUUUAUGUGAAUUGUUGUUGAUCUGAAAAACAUUUUAAAAUUCUUUUCUAAAUAUCAUGUACAAACAUGGAGCAUGAAUGGUUUACUUCGUUCUUAAAAUUAUGUAAAACGACGUUAGUUAACAUGACUAUGACUUGAACAAUUCACGUGUGAAAAUCUUUUAAUGAAAUCACGGUUUCAAUACGAAUUACUAAAUGUGGCAAGAAAAUAGAUUAAAUGACAUAUUUUUUAAUUGAUAAUUUUUGCCCAAUGAUUCUUUUAAAGUUAUGUGUUUUUUAUUAUUAUGCUUCAUUAAACUUACGUUAUAUUUUAUGUGAAAAUUUGCGAAAAUGUAUCAGGGAAUUUACAGAUAACUGUCAAAUCUGACAUGCUGCAUGCACAUCUUACCUUUGGAAAGGAUUACAUCGUAUGUUCAACUACCAAUGCCAUAGUUGCAUAAUAGUCGGCAUAUAUUCCUAAUUCAAAUAGUCUAUUUCAGUGAUGUUGUUUCGUGACACGUGUUUAUUUUGCUACUAUUUCUAGGCGUGGCAUAUUUAUGUUACUACUUUAUUCUUACUUUAUAAUCCGUUAUAACUAUUCUGAUUUAUUAUUGCUCUAAACAUAAGUGUUUUUCUUUUAAAGGCUGUAUAUUUCAGUAAUUGUAAUGAUAUAUUUCAUCAUGAUUAUUAUAGAUCUUCUUUACUAAAAAAUGAAAGUUUCGAUUGUAUAACAAAAACAAUCAUUCAAUAAGCUGAUUUUCUGACUUAUGAUUAUUUCACACGAUUUGUGCUCGAUUUUAUUAAAUUUUACAGAGAUGCAAGGAACAUAUUAUUCUUCUAAACACUGUUCUUGUCUAGAUUUAUUCCGUGUUUAUCAUUACGGAUAUGUAUAAGAAACAUAAUCAUCUUAUAUGCUUGUAUGUCAAGCUAUUUAAUUUUCCAGAAUUUGAUUUGUUACUACCAAAUUGUUAUUUGACCAUUAUUUAAAAAAUAGUAUCUUCAUUCAAGUAAAGAGUAUUUAUAUGACUGAAAAAAAUGUUAUUAACUUUAAAACAGUUCUAAACAGUAAAUGCUCUAAUUUAAAAUUAUUAUGUAUCCAUAUUAAUAUAUUUACAAAAAAAAUUAUACUCGUUAAAAGCCAACAUAUAUUAUGUCAUGUAUCUUUGUAUUGUAUAUUUGUCAAAUGAUAAGCUUGUAAUGCUUAAGAUGAAUAAAUAUUAUGUUCUG